AUGGUGUUUGCGUGCGGACUGCCGCUGAGCUUCUGGGGGGACGCGGCGGAGUAUGCGGCCUACAUACUGAAUCGAAGCCCAAGUAAAGCCAACGCUGGUCGCCUAUCACCUCUACAGAUGUUGACCAAGAAGGUACCUGUUUUAAGUGAUAUUGUGGUUUUUGGGUCACCGUGCACUGUGCACCAGGACGCGAAGAACAAGUCACUAGGAGCUCGUGGCAAGCAAGGCGUGAUCAUAGGCAAGAGCGAUGAAGUGAAAGGGUACCGUGUGUACAUUCCAAGGGACAAGGUCGUGGUCGUAACUCAACAUGUUAAGAACGUUGAAACCCUUACGAAGGAACAAAACGAUCAACUACGGCGUGUGCAUCUGAAGGAGAUUGAUGAAGUUGCGUGCGAUGGCUCGACGCAGAAAGAGAAGACGCAAGCGACUGUUCAUGAUGCGAUGAGAAGAAACCACUCGAAAGUUGGUGGCUGGACGCGAGAGCGCAUGUGA